UUAAAAAACUGAUUCAACGAGAUAUAGAUAUGUCCCCAUUAAGAUUUCAAACUUGUCGUCUACUUUCAGGAAAUGUUCGGAACAGAGAACUGACAAUAAUACAACGUCGCAUUCUCCGAAGAUUGAGGAACAGGAAGAGAUCUAUUAAGAAGAGAAAGAUUUAUCCGAAAAAACAUCUUACCAGUUACAUACAAUUACAAACUACACGAAAGUUGCCCCUUUUUCAUGGGGAUUUACCCAUCACAGAGAUGCACAGAGGAACAAAACGAACUUCAUAUAUCCCUUUUCCACUCAAUCCAGAAACAAGAUUUGACGUUAUUCCUCUUCGUCUCCAUUUUCUUGAAACUAUUCCUCAAGCAAGGCAGCCGAUAAGUCAUCGAAGGGUUUCUGUGAAUAAAGGAAUGGUAAGCAUUACUCAUUUGAAACUUUCCCAUGGUGAUAUAAUAUUUUUUCAAGAAAAUAACGCGGUGAAGAAUUAA